AUGGCAUUUAAACCGAUAGAUCCUAAACGUGAUGAAUAUAGACGCUACCUGGAACGAGGUGGCAUAAUAGAAUCUCUAACGAAGGUUUUCGUGCGUAUUUUGAAGGAGCGUCCCGAAGAUCCAACCCAGUACUUGUUACAGAAUCUAGGUGAUGCUAGACUUCAGGCCGACAACAUUGCCUAUUUACAAAGUGAACUGGACGAUGCACGCGCAGAGAUUCAACGUCUUACAGACAUUAUUAGGAAUAUCAAUCCAGAUUUGCUUAACGAUACUCCAAUUAAGAACUCGACCCCAAACAAUGUCUCCAUUGAAGAAAAUGUGGAUGAAAUUCAACAAAAAAACUCGGGACAUCAGCAAAUGCCAGAAUAUAACGCAGCCGGCACUUUGGAAGAAAGUGUGGAUCACGCUCAACAUGUGUCGCCUGAUACAGAUGUGGUGCAAAACAUCAACAACUGCACUGAAAAUAGUUAA